GGAGGGUGGACGGAUCGUGUCUCAUCCAGAGAGAUUUUCAGCGGCGGCUGAACGCUUCAACCGCGCAGGAACAUUUUCCCAAGCAUCUCUCUUUCAUCCCAGUUUUCUUUUUUCUCUCCUCCUCCUGCGGGGUUAGAGGUGACUUUCCCCUGAGAAAGCAACACAUGCCUCCCCGCAGAGAGGAGCCACGGCUGUGAUUCAGCUCCGUCUCCAUCUCCGUCCUGCCGGGAGGAUGUGCGCGCCGCCGCUCAACAAGUCUCCGCUGUUUCUCCGCGGUUAACCGUUGAUGGCGGCGGGAUGGAGAUAGCCUUGGUGAGUUUUGAGAGCGGCGGCGCUAAGGGGAGCGGCGGCGGAGGCAGCAAUGCCGAGGAGAGCUGCAGGAACGCGCUGGAGGUCCCUCAGCCGGGGUUCGUUCAAAGUGGACUGGGAGAGGAGUUCGGUAAGGAGCUGAACACCCGGGGGAGCCCCCAGCAGCAGCAGCAGCAGCAGCUGCGCAGCCCCUGGAAGAUCAACGACAUGAACAACACUCUGAGCUGCAGCGAGAACGCCAUGGAUGCGCUUUUACGCGCGGACCACAGUCCCCACCUGUUCGAUGAGGACAUGCUGGACAUGGACAUGGACACGGGGAGCAACGAAAGGGUUCUCAUCAACAUAGCCGGGCUCAGGUAUGAGACCCAGCUGGGCACUUUGAACCAGUUCCCGGACACUCUGCUGGGAGACCCGGCCAAGAGGAUCAAGUACUUCGACCCGCUCCGGAACGAGUACUUCUUCGACCGCAACAGGCCCAGCUUUGACGGGAUCCUUUACUUCUACCAGUCCGGGGGGAAGAUCCGCAGACCCGUCAACGUUUCCAUCGACGUGUUCGCGGAUGAGAUCCGGUUCUACCAGCUGGGAGAGGAGGCCAUGGAGAGGUUCAGGGAGGAUGAGGGCUUCAUCAAGGAGGAGGAGAAGCCGCUGCCGCAGAAUGAGUUCCAGAAGCAGGUCUGGCUCAUCUUCGAGUACCCGGAGAGCUCCAGCCCGGCGCGGGGCAUCGCCAUCGUGUCCGUCAUCGUCAUCACCAUCUCCAUCAUAACCUUCUGCUUGGAGACGCUGCCAGAGUUCCGGGACGAGCGGGAGCUGGCGGUGAGCAGCCGGCUGGACAACAGCACCGCGCCGCGGCCCUCCCUCAACAUCACCGACCCUUUCUUCAUCGUGGAGACCACCUGCGUCAUCUGGUUCACCUUUGAGCUGAUCGUCCGCUUCUUCGCCUGCCCCAGCAAGUCCGAGUUCUCCAAGACCAUCAUGAACAUCAUCGACAUCAUGUCCAUCAUGCCUUACUUCAUCACGGUGGGCACGGAGCUGGCGGAGCAGCAGGGCCAGGAGCACCAGAACGGCCAGCAGGCCAUGUCCCUGGCCAUCCUCCGGGUCAUCCGCCUGGUCCGGGUCUUCCGGAUCUUUAAGCUCUCCAGGCACUCCAAGGGGCUGCAGAUCCUGGGUCAGACCCUCAAGGCCAGCAUGCGGGAGCUGGGGCUGCUCAUCUUCUUCCUCUUCAUCGGGGUCAUCCUCUUCUCCAGCGCCGUGUACUUUGCAGAGGCGGACGAGCCCGAGUCCCACUUCUCCAGCAUCCCGGACGCCUUCUGGUGGGCCGUGGUCACCAUGACAACGGUGGGCUACGGCGAUAUGCGGCCGGUGACGGUCGGGGGGAAGAUCGUGGGCUCCCUGUGCGCCAUCGCCGGCGUGCUGACCAUCGCGCUGCCGGUUCCGGUCAUCGUGUCCAACUUCAACUACUUCUACCACCGGGAGACGGACCAGGACCAGUCCAGCCUGAAGGACGAGCCCAGCGGGGCCCCGGAGAGCCCGGAGGUGAAGCGCAAAGGCAGCAGAUCCUCGGUGAAGUCUCAGGAUGUGGAGAAGAGCGCGGCUGACGGCGCGUCGGUGGAGAAGGCGAACAUUAAAGCCAACAGCAGCUCGGACUUCAAGAAAUCCCUUUACGCGUUCUGCCUGGACACCCGGGAGACGGACCUGUAGCCCUGCAGGACCCAGACUCGGUCUGAUUCAUGAAGUCCUGCAGUUCAAACUGAAACCCACACUUUAAUCCCACACCCAUCAGUGCAUGCAUGCAGCAGAGCGGCCCUUUAACCCCGCAGGAGGACAUCCAUGAACUCUGCGGGCUGCAGGAUGAAUUAGUGGGAAAUGGGACAUCAGGCCUCUGCAGAGGAUAAUCAGGGACAAUCAGGACUCGGGAUAAUUACUGGACAUGGCGGAGGAUUAACCACACUCUGUGUACAUAAUGUAGGAAGAGUGAAAGAAAAAAAAAAUACUUUAUUCCUUCCUACACUUAGUCAUGAUGUUUACACCAAGCAGAUGUGUACAUAUUCCCCACAUCAGGAUGGAGAUUUAAGGAUUUGGUGUUUUUUCUCUUUUUUGAAGGAAGGAAGUCUAUUUUUGAGAUGCAGACACGUUUUAUGGAAAAGAUUACUUUUUUUGUUUGGUUUUCUGGGAGUGGACCUCAGCCUUGUUGUUUACGAUCCAUUUAUUCUAAAGAACUGUUUUAUUUCUAAGGGGAAAAAAGGACAUAAAAUAAGAAAAAAUAAAGAAAAGCCAAGAAGAGACAAGCAGAGAGCAUCAGGAGCAACAAACUCUGACAGAGAGUGGAAGCUCCGCCCUCCGACCAUCAGGGGAGUCAAUCGGACCGCAGGAACGGAACCAUCUGCUGCGUUUCCAGACAGCAUCAACAUUCCUGUUCUUGAAACUCUGUGCCUUCAUCCAAAACUCAUCCUGUGUUUUUGGAUUUUUACUCUUCCCUCGGAGCAGCUUUUGGAGGAUUUCAUUUUCUUCCUGAUGGAUGUAGGAGGGCCUGGGAAUCGAGCCAUCGUCUCUCUGUGGAAAUAAAGAAAAAAACAAUAAAAUACAUGCAGGGGUCUCCUAUUUGGAUCAUUUUAACGUGUUUCUUUUUUCUACUAAUGGUGUCAGUGAUUUACUUCCUAUGGGAGGGAAUCCCUCGCUGUGCAAUAUAAGUCCAUAUUUCUGUGAAGUUGUCAUGUGGACGUAGAAUCUGGACGAAUAUUUUGGUUUAUUUUUGUAAUAAUGGUUUCCUGAUUUCUAUUUUUCUAAAAAGAUGCGAGACAGAUGGGGGGGGG